AUGGAAUCGUGCAUUUUGUUUCUGCUGUUCAUGUUUACUGGUUUAUCAUUUUCUUGCAAACAAUCUUCUACCACCCCCACGAAAGAAUUUGAAAAUGUGAUAUUUUAUGAUGAAUUUGACACUCUGGAUCUUGGAACCUGGCAACAUGAAAUUACGGCAGGUGGUGGAGGGAAUUGGGAAUUUCAGUAUUACACAAACAACCGCUCAAAUAGCUACGUCAAAGACGGAGUUCUCUAUUUGAAACCGACUCUAACUUCAGAUAAAUACGAUGAAAAUUUUGUCAAGAAUGGAACCUUGUCUCUGGAAGGCUCAUCCCCAGCAAACAUGUGUACCGGACGUCAAUGGCAUGGAUGCGAAAGAACUGGCAACUAUGACGAGGGAACUAUCGUAAACCCGAUUCAGUCUGCUCGUUUGCGAACUGUCGAAUCUUUAAAUUUCAGAUUUGGGAAAGUCGAAAUUGAAGCACAGUUACCAGCUGGAGAUUGGAUAUGGCCUGCAAUAUGGAUGCUUCCAACGACGAACGCAUACGGUGACUGGCCGGCUUCAGGCGAAAUUGAUAUUAUGGAAAGUAGAGGAAACAUGAAUUUGUCAGAUGCAUCCGGGAAGAUGAUUGGGGCACAUAGUUCCGGCUCUACUCUACACUGGGGACCUUAUUGGCCAUGGAAUAAUUGGUUCAUGACGCAUAAUACUAAAACUUUGACUGACUCUACAUUCGCAGAUGAUUUCCACAAAUAUACUCUGGAAUGGAGGCCCAGCGGCUUAAAAUUUUACAUUGACGAUGAAAAUAUUUUAAACGUUGCCCCUAAUGAAGGUCAAUCAAUGUACGAGUGGGGAGACUUUGCAACGAAAACCAAUAACGGCGAUAAUCCUUGGGUUGCGGGUUCAAAGCUUGCUCCUUUCGACCAGAAAUACUAUCUGAUAUUAAACGUGGCUGUUGGUGGAACUACAGGUUUUUUCCCAGAUGAUGCCAAUAACUAUAAUGGACAGGAGAGAAAAGAUAAACCUUGGGCUAACAACUCACCCACCGCUGCAAAGGAUUUUUGGGACAAAAAAGAUGACUGGUAUCCAACAUGGCAAGGAGAAAAGGCGGCAAUGAAAAUAAAAUAUGUCAAGGUUACCGAAUAUAACGGAGCUCUAUGAAUAGUCGAGUUUCUGAUUUCUGCAGAAUGACCAAAUUAGGUUUAAUUAAUUAUCUGCGCAGAAAUUUCAAUUAUGACUUUAAUUUGUAAUUUUCCAUUACGCUCUAUACUAAAUUUUGUAAGAAAGUACUCG